AUGACCGAUCCAUCCGCAGCGGCAGGAGCCCAACAGCAGCAAAGCUAUAAUCAGAUGUUGCUUCAAAUCCUGUCCCAGCAGCAGCAGCUGAUGGCUCAGCUCACGCAUCAGUUUUCUGCGACACAGAUCGCCAUGAAAUCGCUAGCGAGAGACGAGAUAGCCUUGGAUUCGCUCUCCAGCAAUAUAGUUGAGUUUGCCUAUGAUCCGGAGCACGGAUCCACCUUCGACACGUGGUACUCGAGGUAUGCUGAUUUAUUCGACAAAGAUGCCAGCAGCCUGGAUGACGAUGCGAAGGUCCGACUUCUGAUGCGGAAAUUGAAUCCAGCAGCGCACGAGCGGUAUAGCAGUUUCAUCCUCCCAAAGCAGACGAAAGAUUUUUCGUUCGCGCAGACCAUUGAGAAGCUGAAAGCUAUUUACGGAUCGCCAGUGUCAAUUUUUCAUCGCCGAUAUCAGUGUCUUCAAACAGUCAAAGAAGAUGCAGAUGACUUUGUGACAUAUUCUUGCAAAGUUAACAAGUCGUGUGUUGACUUUAAACUUCGUGACUUGUCUGAGGAGCAGUUUAAAAGUCUAAUUUUUGCCUGUGGAUUAAAGUCACCGAAAGAUUCCGACAUACGCAUGCGGUUGAUUACGAAGCUCAACGAGACGGCAGAUAUCUCACUGGAGAAAAUUGUAGAAGAAUGCAAGCAGCUAACGAAUCUGAAGCAGGACAACAUUCUGGUGGAGAAUGCGCAUGCAGCAGCAGUGCGAGCAGUGCAUCAAAACCGAUUCGUGAAGCAGAAAAAUAAACCACAAAGUUCCGGUAACAAACCAAAUAGUGAGCUACCCAGGACCCCGUGCUGGUCUUGCGGAGGCAUGCAUUAUACAAAAGAUUGCCAAUACCGUGAACACCUGUGCCGUGACUGUAAGAAGAAGGGGCAUAAGGAAGGCUAUUGCGGUUGUUUUUCGAAGAAGCCUGCGAAGAAGAAAUUCGAGCCGAGAAAGCAAAAGGACGUGAACGUUGUGUCGGUCAAAAACGUUAGCCAGAGACGGAAGUAUGCUGAAGUUCAGAUCAACAAAGUACCAGUCCAAAUGCAAGCCGAUUCAGCGUCGGAUAUCACUAUCAUUUCCGAUGCGACAUGGAAGCGGAUUGGACAACCACAGGGUGAUACUCCGUCAUGCGACGCUAGAACUGCUUCAGGAGAGCCACUCAAUCUCGCUUUGGAAUUUUGGUGUGACGUUGAGCUCAGUGGCAUCAAUAAACGAGGUUCCGAUUGGAUGGAGUUGUUUAAUCUGUGGGACGUACCAAUCAGCCAGUUUUGCCACAGAAUCAACGACCAGUCGGAACAAGGUAUCGAAGCAAUACAAGAUCGUUUUCCGAAGGUGUUCACCGAGAAAAUGGGCCUCUGCACAAAAACGAAAAUCCAGUUCACUCUGAAAGGAGACACGAAACCAGUUUUUCGACCCAAGCGUCCUGUAGCAUACAGUGUGCAAGUAGCAGUCGAAGAGGAAAUCCAGCGUCUUUUGCGUUUGGGUAUUCUUAAGCCGGUUGAGCAUUCGGAAUGGGCCGCGCCUAUCGUUGUUGUGCGGAAACCGAAUGGACGCCCUGUAAGAAUUCUCGACCCGACAUCAAGUCGACAUCAACUCCACAGUUCUGCUUGUCAACUCAACAUCGAGUCGACAUGUCGACCCGUUUCGAAUCCAUUGUCGGGCUAUUUUGCAACAAAAAUGUCGGAACUGUCGGGUUGA